AUGUCUUUGAAUACAACGGUUCUCCUUGCUAAUGCGACUUUUUCAGAAUUUACGCAAGAAACUCUUCCUAACAAGAUCAUUAAGGUAAUGGUGUACUGCAUACUAUUUGUAGUGUCAUUCACUGGUAACCUGCUUAUUGUAUGGGCAACAAGCAGAGACAUUCGACUAAGAAGUACGACCAAUAUUCUGAUUGCCAACAUGGCGGUCAGUGACCUUCUCGUUCCAUUAUUCUCGAUGCCAAGAGAUAUCUCCUAUAUUAUCUUUCAUCCAGAAAUAUGGCUGAUUGACGGUGACUUUGGACUUGCUCUUUGUAAGCUCGCACCUUACCUGCAAUACGUUUCUUUGGGUGUUUCGAUUUACAGCUGUGUGUUUAUCGCUCUCGAUCGCUUCUACGCUGUAGUUCAUCCACUCAGAGGAGGUUUGAGCAAGGACAAACUCAAGUACAUCAUCGUAGGGAUCUGGAUGUUUUCUCUGUCCAUGUUUUCCACGUAUUUCUUCACUGUGACGCUUGUGAAGACAGGAGAUUCGACAAAAUGCAUCAUGCAUUUAGCGCGGAUUGGUGUUACAUCAUCCCUACACUUGAGGAUUUAUUAUUUUGUGAUAUUUGCGCUGAAUGUUGGAAUCCCAUUACCUAUCAUCUCUUUCCUCUACUUACGCAUCGUUCUCAAACUCCGACGAACUACAGUACCAGGACAAGCAGGGAACACUUCAUCUGUGAGGGAGCGUCAAAACAAGAAUGCCCUCAAAAUGUCCGCCGUUAUUGUCAGUCUUUUCUUACUUAGUUUUUUACCUCUUACGGUGGUUACUUUCCUUUCACAUUUUGRAAAACUUGAUAGCUUAUCACCGGUUGCAAGGACCAACAUACUUUUCGCAGUGGCAUUCAUAGCCGUAUCGAGUUGCUGCUACAACUUCUUUAUCUAUUUGGUUUUCACUGAAGUUUAUCGACAGAAUUUUAAAAACUUGUUUUUAAAAUGUACCUGUGUCAUUCCUUUUUCAGGAAGAUUUCGCACCAAUUCUUUUGCUCUUCAGAGUGUGGCACCAGUCGCGGAACAGGGACAAGUCAACGUGAUAGGAAUAGCUGACUUUAAUUAA